AAUUCUCAUCAUUUAUUCAAACACCUCAUUCCUGGCAACGGUUAUUCAUAUUAUUAUUUAUAAUCAAUUAUUUAUGUUUUUAACGUUUUAUAGGAAAUUCAUUCAUCCCCAUCUUCUUAAAUCCUUCUCUAUCGCAUUGCCAUUGUCUUUGGAGGAUGGCCGCCGGCUUCAGCUAUUGGGAUGAUUGUGUUGAUCCUGAAGAUUUAGAGGCAAUGUGGAAUGUACCUGAAGUGAGUGCCGAGUGGUUAAAAGCCGGUGAGGCAAAAGGUCGAAAGGUUCACCUCUCUCGCGAUCCUGAUGGCCAACCAUAUUUAACACAGACUGAAAUGAGGGCUGUAGCUGACAUUGUUAUUAGCAGGCACUUUCAGUCAGAGAUAAAUCUUGGCAUGAUUUGUGCUAUUGCUGAACUUGAAAGUGACAGGCAACUACUUGUUUUGAACUCUGGUCACAAAUCUAAAGAGCCUAAUGUGGGGCUUAUGCAACUUCUACCAAAAACUGUUGAAUGGUUGAUAAGUGCAUUAGGUUAUCGUUCUUAUGCCGCAGAAGAGAAUAUAGAAUACCUAUUCAAACCUUUCAUAAAUGUAUAUUUUGCUGCUGCCUAUCUUAAAUGGCUGUCAAAAUUUGAUAACAAAGAAAGAAAUGAAGAGUUUAUGGUAAGGGCUUAUAGAGGUGGUACGAAGAAGGUAACUCACAAAUCAACAUUGCCCUACUGGAAAAGCUAUCUAUCAGUCAAAGAAAGUUUUCGAUGCAGAAAAUCUCUUGAUGAUAGUCCUCCACUAACCAAUGUUGUCGCUCCUGUUCAUUCGCAUACUGGAUCUCCUAUACCUUCAGAACAUUCAAAAGGUCAAUUCCUUUCCCUCACUAAUACUCCCAUUUUAACAUGUUAUUUCUCAAGAGCAGUUGCAGAAGUAGUUCUAUUCAAACACCUCACAACCACAAAAGUUAAACCUACAGUACUUUGUGCCAUUGCAGAGGUUUCUAGCAUGAGAUUUGUACAUGGAGUUGGAGCAAGACCUGGAAUAAUGGGGAUUGACUAUUCCACUGCUUUCUGGCUUUACAUGGAAUUGGGCUUCAUGGCUUACAAACUUGAAACUGUUGAUGAUCUAAGCAAUCCAUUUGUGUCCAUGUACUUUGGUGCUGCCUACGUGGCAUGGUUAUCAGAAUAUGAAGGAAGGGAAAGAACUCCAGAGUUUUUUGUUCAGGCAUAUUUUGUAGGACCGAAACAGGUGAAUCCUCAGGAUACUAGUACUCUUUGGCUAAAAUUUGAGGAAGCUCUCAGUAAAUAUGAAGAAGAAAGAAAAAGGAAUGGUGGUGAUAGCUGCUCCAUCAUGUAAGCUGACAAUGGCCUAGCAAUAAGAUCUAUCCAAAUUUGUGUUGUUGUGUUUUAUUGGAGAGCUCUGUAAUUGUGAAGUGAAACUCUCUGAUUGGUGUGCUAUAGAAAAGGGAACAAUAGGAUGAAGAAAGCAUGAAAGGAAAGAAACUUGUAUUCCAAGUAAUUAAUUACUUCUUGUAUAGAACUCAUUGUACACAGAAUAGGAUGUUUAUUAGGCUUCAAAAGUAAUUUCACUAGAAGCAAGGAAAACUUGCAUUGAUAAGAAAGUGUCUCAAGUGUAAACAAGUACAAUGAGAAGUGUAAUUAUCUUGUCCGUGUUGAGAAUAAUCUCAACUAACCAUUGUCAAUUCCAUACAAAUGAUAUCUAUACCUAUUAUGUUCA